UUUUUAAAUAAUUCUUUCAGAUAUUUCAAUCAAAGGAAGAAAUAGCUCUUCUCCUAAGAUGGAAUCUGUGAUUUGGGAAUGUGGUUGAUCAACUUGAUAUGUUGGCCAAAUGUGCCCUAUGUAAUAAAACGAAAAGAAGAGACAAGAUGAUGUCAUUUGCCCAUGUUGUGAAACCAAAAACAAAUGCCUUUUGUGAGACCAAGCUAACAAACCUCUGAUGGUACAAAGAGUAUUUAACUUUUGAAGAACUUAACAGUAAGAUAUAGAAGAAAUACUUUCAAGCUGAGACCUGCAGGUGUAUAUUGAUCUAAAAUACAUACUGAGUAGGCCUGAUCAUCUGAAUUUCAUUCAGAUCAAGGAAGAAUGGCUAUGAGUUGGAUGGUCUUCUCUCUUUGGCUCUUGACUAUGUUUGUGGGGCAUAUAAGUGGGCACAGUUUGUUUUCUUGUGAACCUAUUACGUUGAGGAUGUGCCAGGAUUUGCCUUAUAACACUACCUUCAUGCCUAACCUUCUGAAUCAUUAUGACCAACAGACAGCAGCUUUAGCAAUGGAGCCAUUCCACCCAAUGGUGAAUCUGGAUUGUUCUCGGGAUUUCCGGCCAUUUCUCUGUGCACUCUAUGCUCCUAUUUGUAUGGAAUAUGGACGUGUCACACUUCCCUGUCGUAGGCUGUGUCAGCGGGCCUAUAGUGAAUGUUCGAAGCUCAUGGAAAUGUUUGGUGUCCCUUGGCCUGAAGAUAUGGAAUGCAGCAGGUUUCCAGAUUGUGAUGAGCCAUAUCCUCGACUUGUGGAUCUAAAUCUAGUUGGAGAUCCAACUGAAGGAGCCCCAGUGGCAGUGCAGAGAGAUUAUGGUUUUUGGUGUCCCCGGGAGUUGAAAAUUGACCCUGAUCUUGGUUAUUCUUUUUUACACGUGCGUGAUUGUUCACCUCCUUGUCCAAAUAUGUACUUCAGGAGAGAAGAACUAUCGUUUGCCCGCUAUUUCAUAGGAUUGAUUUCAAUCAUUUGCCUCUCUGCAACGUUGUUUACUUUUUUAACUUUUUUGAUUGAUGUCACAAGAUUCCGCUAUCCUGAAAGGCCUAUUAUAUUUUAUGCAGUCUGCUACAUGAUGGUGUCAUUAAUUUUCUUCAUUGGGUUUUUGCUUGAGGACCGAGUAGCCUGCAAUGCAUCCAGUCCUGCACAGUAUAAGGCUUCCACAGUGACACAAGGAUCUCAUAAUAAAGCCUGUACCAUGCUUUUUAUGGUACUCUAUUUUUUCACAAUGGCUGGCAGUGUGUGGUGGGUAAUCCUUACCAUCACAUGGUUUUUAGCAGCUGUGCCAAAGUGGGGUAGUGAAGCCAUCGAGAAGAAAGCACUGCUAUUUCAUGCCAGUGCAUGGGGCAUUCCUGGAACUCUGACUAUCAUCCUUUUAGCGAUGAAUAAAAUUGAAGGUGACAAUAUUAGUGGCGUGUGUUUUGUUGGCCUCUACGAUGUUGAUGCAUUGAGAUAUUUUGUUCUUGCUCCCCUCUGCCUAUAUGUGGUAGUUGGGGUUUCUCUCCUUUUAGCUGGCAUUAUAUCUCUGAACAGAGUUCGAAUUGAGAUUCCAUUAGAAAAGGAGAACCAAGAUAAAUUAGUGAAGUUUAUGAUCCGGAUUGGUGUUUUCAGCAUUCUUUAUCUGGUACCACUCUUGGUUGUAAUUGGAUGCUACUUUUAUGAGCAAGCUUACCGUGGCAUCUGGGAAACAACAUGGAUACAAGAACGCUGCAGAGAAUAUCACAUUCCUUGUCCAUAUCAGGUCACUCAGACGAGCCGUCCAGACCUGAUUCUCUUCCUGAUGAAAUACCUGAUGGCUCUCAUAGUUGGUAUUCCCUCUGUUUUUUGGGUUGGAAGCAAAAAGACAUGUUUUGAAUGGGCAAGUUUUUUUCAUGGUCGUAGGAAAAAAGAGAUAGUGAAUGAGAGCCGGCAGGUGCUCCAGGAACCUGACUUUGCUCAGUCACUCCUGAGAGACCCAAACACGCCCAUCAUAAGAAAAUCAAGGGGCACUUCCACUCAAGGAACAUCCACACAUGCUUCCUCAACCCAGCUGGCUAUGGUAGAUGAUCAAAGAAGCAAAGCAGGAAGUGUCCACAGCAAAGUAAGCAGCUACCACGGCAGCCUCCACAGAUCGCGCGAUGGCAGGUACACUCCCUGCAGUUACCGAGGAGUGGAGGAGAGACUACCUCACGGCAGCACAUCACGACUAACGGAUCACUCCAGGCACAGUAGUUCCCACCGGCUCAACGAACAGUCGCGGCAUAGCAGCAUCAGAGACCUCAGCAACAACCCCAUGACUCACAUCACACAUGGCACCAGCAUGAAUCGUGUUAUCGAGGAGGAUGGAACCAGUGCUUAGUUUGUCUUGUCUAAGGUGGAAAGUUGUGCUGUUUAAAAAGCAGAUUUUAUUCUUUGCCUUUGCAUGACUGAUUGCUAUAGCUAUUAUCCUGCUUUCAGUCAGGUGCAGAUUGUGUCCAUUGGGAAGGUGAAUUUUUGCUUUUUAUAUUGCAUCAAACUUGGAACAUCAAAGCAUCCAAAAUACUAAACAUUAUAUCAUCACAAAAAUAAGUCUUUCUAGGUUGUGAAGAGAUAAUUAUUUGUCUGGUAAGCAUUUUUAUAAACCCACUUAUUUUAUAUUUAGGAAAAUUCUAAGUGUGUGGUGACUGCUUUGUAGUGAAAUUUCAUAUAAUAUGAACUAGUUGUAAGAUAACAUUCUGGUAGCUCUGUUAAUACAACAAAGUUUCAGAAUUAAAGAAAUUUUCUAUGCAAGGUUUAUUUCUCAGAUGAAUAGGACUUUGUAGUUUUAUUUCCACUAAGUAAAAAAAGAACUGUUUUUAAAGAGUAGGAAAAUUUAAUAAAUCAGCAAGGGUAUUUUAGCUAAUAGAAUGUAAGUGCAACAGAAGAAUCUGAUUCACCUGUGGAGAUUCUCUCAAAAUUCUAUAAAAAUAAUCCAGAGAUAUUCAGGAUUUGGAUAAACAAUGGGAUAAACACAGAGAUGGGCAUUUUUCCCUAUAAUUGUGUUGCUUUUAUUACUUUUGUAAAUAUUACUUUUAUUGGCUGUGUUUUUAUAAUAUCCAUAUGCAUGAUGGAAAAAUUUUAAUUUGUAGCCAUCUUUUCCCAGGUAAUACUAUUGAGUCAUAGAACUUCAUGUUCAGAUCUGCUGUGUGGAGGCAUGUAGUAAGCAUCACACUUUAUAAGGGUUUUUUUUGUAUGUGUGGUAACCACAAAAUGGCAAAAUGUUUUCUCUGUUUUCAUUGUUGUAUUUUAUUAUGGUGAGAUUUGACCUUGCCAAACCCACCAUACCUUGGUAUCCAGGCCCUCCCUAUAGUGAGCUGAUUGUCUGCAAUGCAUUCAUUGUUCAGUAGGCAGUUGGCUACAGCUUUUGCCCCACAUCCCUGUUUUCAGUUUCUGGACCAUUCUUGUUUCAGCUGAAAUAUAUAUAUAAUCUAUGUCCAAAGUGGUAAUUAAUUUGGAUAUUUGAAAAUCAUUGUAGCUAAAUGAAGCAUGAUUAGUCUCACUAUGAAUAUAUUUUAAUCUUAAAAAUAUCAAGUCAAAAAUGUUUGACAUUUUAUCUUGUAAUGUUUAAUUUACAAUAUGAACUGUGAAUUUUAUUAGGCAUGAAAUUGAUCGGAAGGGAAAGAAAAUGUCUGGAAAAUGCCAAAUGUGUUCUGUAGAAAACACAAGUGAUCCUUAACCCUGAUUGCAGAUAAAAAUCACUUGGGGAACUUCUGAUACAUGCUCUCCCCUACAUAAUUCUCUUUUUAGAUGAGAAUUGCUAGCUUUUUAAAAGAAGCUUUCUGAGUGAUUCUAAUUUGCAGCCACAUUUGAGGCACAUGAUUUGAAACUCAUCUGCCCCUGAUAGUGAUCUGAUGGUAUUUCAUUACAUCCUAUGAAGAUCUAGCUGGAUUCGACAAUAUGUUUUUAUGUCAUUACCUAUCAUACAAUUGUUUCCUACUUUAUUUCCUACAUUUAGAAAUGCAUAAUUCUUGGCUUCACUCCCAGAGAUUCUUAUUCAAUAAGAAUUGAAGGUAAUUGGGCUUUAAAACCUGUAGUUAUAAAAAUACCACAGAUGAUUCUUAUGCAGGUAAUUUGGGACCACACUUAAAAAAUAUUCUAGACUCUUGGGGAGUCCUGACUCUGCCAUAUUGCUAGUUUCUGACCUUUAACGAUUCAAUCUCUUUGAACCUGGGUCCCAUUAUUUGAAAAUGAAGAUGAAAGAUUAAUACCUAUUUUACCUACCUCACAAAGUUGUUGAAUUAAGAUCAAUGAAAACAAUUUUAUGGAAGCUCUUUGCAAACUGUAAAGCAUGAAAUAUAAGGGACUAAGAUUAGAGGGCUUAAUAAAUGUGUUUUAGGACUACUGUAGUACAUUUCUUCACAUGUUUUUAAUUCCUGUGUAUAUUUGUUUCUCUCCCUCUUUAAAAAAAAAAAAAAAAUAGUACCAAGAGAAUAGGUAUUGAAAAAGAAGCUUUCACUGGGCAGAAGAA